UUGCAACGAAAACAGAUCAUAAAGAAAGCAAGGAAGGUGUAAAUUAUUUGGUAGCACCCAUCAGAACGACACCGAUAACAAGAAUCAUGACUUAAAGGGAAUCGUUGAGUCUGGUAAACUUUAAAACAACGUUACCAACACCUAACCUCAAACCGCCAUGGAAGAAAAUGAUGCAUUGAUGCCUUACUUGGCGUCUCUCGUAGAAGUUUCAAUAGUAGAGGAUUCUUCGUCGACGUUGACAUUUUCUGAAUUCGGAGUUGCAGCACAGCAAGAUUCAAAAUCUUCUCUAAAGGCAAAUUCAUCAUAUGUUGGUAAACAAGAUGAAUCCCAGGACUUCGCGAGUCACGAGGUGUUAAUUCUUGAAAGCCAGCCAGAAACAGACUUUUGUGAAGAGGAAAAACAGUAUUUUGAUUUGGUUUUUAAUGAUCUGAAGAAGGUGAUGUAUAUGCGGCUCCACUGCACAGUGUGUGGCUGUCACAUUGGAUGUGCACCUACAGCUGCCUUCAUUAUGGCCUCCCAUAAAUUUCUGCAUGUGCUCAUAUGCAUCGACUGUGAAGCAUUUUACGAAAAUGGUGGUUUUCCAUGUGAUGAAGAUGGGAGUGAGACAUUUUGUUGUUGGUGUGGACAGGGUGGGCAGCUGUUCUGCUGCAGUCUUUGUCCCAGUGUAUUUUGUAAGAAAUGCAUUCGUCGCAACUUGGGUCAGAAGACUGUGCAAAUGAUACAAAAGUGUAGUGACUGGACAUGCUUUCGGUGCUACGUACGGCCCAUAUGGGAACAUCGUGCACUAUGUUGGGGUCUCAGCAAGUUCCUCAAAGAACAGAGCAAAGCUGAGAACACGAUACCAGCAGACGUGGCAGAGAAAUGUCCAGGUUUCAACCUAUCACUGUGCUGUCAGGGCGAGAAGCACGGACAUCUUAGAGCACAUCAGCCAUUGAGAAGUAUUGUACCUCCUGUUGCAAGAGAUACACUGAAAGUGAAGAAUAUGCGGACUCUCAUGUCACCCAGUAGUGAGAUGAAUAUAUUGCGCAACACAUUAAUUUUGGGCAGGCAAGCCCUGGAUACUACAUCGUCAUCCAUUACCAAGAUGAGUUUAAAUACGGACUGCGGUGAGGCAGAUCUAAACAUUCCUGCAAGUAGUACUUUCAGUCCCUUGCAGUCUGUUAGUGUUGUUACAAGACAGUCACCAAAUGGUGAAGAUAGUUAUGUUAAAAGUCCUAACACACACUGCGUUUCAGAUUCUUCAGUCAAAAUAUAUGACUAUGAGACACCAUUUAAACCGGGCGUUAGCACGGCAGACUCCGUUCUGCUCGCUUGUCUGAAACAGCCACUUCUGACAUUUGAAAGUUCCUUUUUCAAUUAUAUUGGGCAAAGUAGCAUACAAAACCAAACACUCCACAAAGAUCAAAGCUUUCAUCAGAGAUCUGCUGUUCCAGUAACAGGUUGUGUCACUGAUAAUAACCCUUCUGAUAAUCUUCGUGCUUCUGCGCCAUUGACAUAUGUUCAGGUCCCAGAAUGUAAAGUAAUGCCUCCUAGAUCCAAUUCCAGUGCAGGUCCAACAGUGAAUAAAGUAUGUAUGAAUAAAUAUAAUAACUUUCCACCCACAUUGCCCGCUUCCAACAUGUCUAACGCACGACGUAUUCAGCGCAGGACAGUGACGCCUGUUCCGACAUGCUACAUAGUUAGUAGGAACCCACACGAGGUUCCAAAAGUUGUACCCAGUUUUCACAACCCUCAAUUUCCAAGUUCUGGUCAUAUUGAACAAACAUCUCCACCUUAUCAGGACACGAUUUGUCUGGAAAAUGUUGAAAAUGUAGUCACCAAAAAUGAUGUUCACAUCAAAGAUAUAUCUCUUGAUGAUGACAAUGAUAUCGUUGAAGUUUGCAGUAAUGUUGAAGAUUCAAAUGAUUCAUUGAAAAUUGGAUGUGAAUGGAUGAUGAAAGUUCUCAGAAAAACUGAUCGCACAUCAAGAAUACUUGCAUAUCAUGUGGAUUUUCUUAAGCAAAAAUUUGUAUCUGAAAUGGAGGGAAAAGAUGCGAGUCUAAAGGGUUUAAGGCAGUUUGCUGGGAAGUUUCAUCAUCUGCUUGUGAAGGCAUCUAAAAGGUUAAACUUAGAGAAAGAGUUUCUUAUAAAGAAAUUUAGUGACUGGUUGAAUGCAGAAAGGGCAAAACAUGAAAUCACUGCCACUAAGGAAACAGGACCAAAUUCUGAUGCAGAAACCAGUCAGGAACCAGUAGUACUUCUUGAUAUGGAAAUCAGCUAUGAAUCAGAUCACGAGGAUGUCUCCAGCCUCAACAGUGGAGUUAAACAAGAACUGAUUGAAUGUAGUGAGACACUCAGUGAAAAUGGCAGUGAUUCGGAAGAUCCGUUCAGUGACUCUGAAGGCACAGAAAGGGGACAGUUAAAUCCACUCUUGAAACCUCUUUUUUCAUGCACAGUUAGGGAACUUAUGAAGGAUAAAUUUAGCAGAAAACUCCUACUUCAGCUGCUCACAGAACAUCAUUCAGAAACAGCAAAUACACAGAAGAGAUGUGCUUUUUCUGCGAAAGGACUCUCGUUCACUAAUGUUGCGACUCAGACAGAUGCCCAUAGAGGAGAAAAAGUUGUUGCUGAGGAAGAGGAAUCUACAAGCACGCAGAACAAAGAAGUUUCUUCUACAAAAGAAAUUCGAUUCGUUGAUGUCCCAAUUCAAGCAUGUGCUCCUAGCAGAGAUGUCUUUACUGUUACGGACAAGGAAUCUAAGAUCACACAGAACAAAAGUGUUUCUACUACAGAAGAAAUCCACUUCAUAGAUGUCUCAACUCAAACAGAUACACCCACUGUUGAAGAAAAGAAAUCUAAAACCAGUAAACUAAAACAAGUUAGGACUGUUAAAAUGUCAGAUCAGAUUUCAUCAAAAGUCAGCGACUUGUCAUUGCAUUCUGAUGAAUUUUCUGCAGACUCGGGUAAAAAAAAUGAAAAGCGUGCGAAGACUAAGGCUGUAAAAAAAUCACAAAUGGACAGUUUCCAUGACAGAUUAGAGGACAAGACUGGGAAUGAAGAAAGCGAAAAUGGUCAAAAUCCAGGCAAGAAUAAUAGCGCCGGCAAUGCACAGAUACCCGAGGUAGUAACAGAAACUAAUAGCAUUCUGAUGAAUGGCGAUACUGCACCCAUACAAAGUGGAUCUGAGUCGGAAAGAAGCCGCAAGUCUCUGGCUAUGAAGAGAAAAUAUAAAUGUGCUGAAUCUUAUAGCGACACGUCUACUGGUAUGCAGACAUACCAUUCUAAUCCUUUGAAAGUUGUCGCGAAGAAAUUACGACCAAAUAACCAAACUUCCCAUUUUAGUUCUUCACCUGUAAUGAUUCCAGAGGGGACUAAAGUGGAUGGUAAAAUUCCUGUUGCUAAAUUUACGGCUUUAGCUUCUUCUGCUCUGCAGAAGAUCCUGUUGCUAAAUUUACGGCUUUAGCUAAUUCUGCUCUGCGGAAGCAGCUCAUUAAACCCUGUUCUGUUUCAGUUAUUAAGAUAAACAGAGGAGCACCAUACACAUGUUGAAUUACACUUUUUAGCCUGUCGGAAGGAAACGACUAGCUAGGCCCGUGAUACCUGUGCUUUGGUUAUUUGAGCAGUUAUUUAAAGUUUAUUUGUUAUGUUUAAUGCUUUUGAAAAAAACAAACACUUGCAUCAGUAUUAAAUAUGUGUUUGGGUUGCAUUUCAAUUAUAUAUGGCAGUUGUAAGUUUGUGAGUUUCUGUAUUUGAGCUUGUGUGUCGUCAUAGUGGGUUUGACUGCACACUGCGUUCUGUAUAGUUCCCCACUACUGUCACGCAUUUCUGCCAGUUGCCGCAGUAGUGCUUCAUAUUUACUUGGUCUCAGUCUGUUCUUUGUCCAGAAUAUGAUUUUGUAAAUGGAGAAUGUUUAAAAGAGUUGACAUGAAUGAUUUCCGUAAGGGAAAGAAAGUACAAAUUACAUGUAUUAAAAUGCUUUUUUAUUUACUGUGUGUCCAAUGAAGGACGAAACAGCAGUGAAUGGUUCUUAUUUCAGUAGAAAAGUUUGAUUACCACUGUUUUAUACUACAGGUCUCACUGGAAGAAGAAAUAUUUCACAGUCGUACUAGAAUACCACUGUGAAUGUGAAAUAUCACAAAUAGAGAAACUAAAAUUACAGAAAUGUUGCUACAAACAAAAGGUCAACAGACUGGUGACAUUGAGAUUCUCUUUCUCAUGGCUUUUGAGAAGAGAGUAUUUGUAAACAAAUACCAUGGGACUUUCGUAGUCAGUAUAGCCUACUUUGUUUUCAUCUUCUGUCUCCUUAUUAAAUUUAUUUUUGUUUUCAAAAGCAUUGUUUUUUUCAUAUUUAUUUAUCAGUUUUCCCCAUUCCCCCACCAAUUUUGUUACUGACUUAAUAAUUUGAAGUUUGCUUCAUAAUUAUUUUGUGGUCAGUUUCUCUUAGGAAUGGAAUGCUUCUAUACACAAAUGCAGUAACCCAAUAACAAUUUCUGUUUGUGAUACUUAUCCAGGUACAGUAGCAGGUUUAUUGUAAUGUAAAUGUAAUGGAUUCCACCUUUGGUGAAUUAAUACUGAAUUUCGGUUUUAACAGUUGUUACUUUGUGCCCGUAUUUACUUAUUUUACGUAUGUUAUUGUGGCACAGAUAAUUUGAAUAUAAACAAUUUCACAGCA